UUUUCUUUUAUUUUAAUUUUAAUUUAUUUUUUCUUUCUCAUUGACGAUUCACACUUUGUAUUCACACACCCUUAUAACAAAUAUUUCCUUCUUCAUCAAAUCUAACUUUUUUUUUUCUUUCUCUUUUUUCUUUUCUUGAGACCAAAGUUUAAGAUCUUCUUAUAAAUUUUCUUUUUAAUAUUAUUUUCUGUUGCUUGGUUAUGGAGGGUCAUCAUCACCAUCUUCAUCACCAUCAUCAUCAACAACAACAACAACAGUUUCAUCAUCUUCUUCCUCAACAGUUGCAACAGAAUAGUAAUAAUAAUAAUAAUAAUAAUAACAAUAGCAGUGUAAGCUUAGAUGUAACAGAUAGAUUUCCUCAAUGGAGUUUACAAGAAACGAAGGAGUUACUAAUCAUCAGAGCCGAGUUCGAUCAAACUUUCAUGGAAACCAAACGAAAUAAACUCCUUUGGGAAGUUAUUUCAAAUAGAAUGAAAGAAAAGGGUUUUAAUCGCAGCCCUGAACAGUGCAAGUGCAAGUGGAAAAAUCUUGUCACUAGAUACAAGGGGUGUGAAACUAUGGAGGCUGAAGUAGUGAGGCAACAAUUUCCUUUUUACAAUGAAGUUCAAGCGAUUUUCUCGGCGCGAAUACAGAUGAGAUCGAUGUGGGCAGAGCCAGAAUUAGGAUCAGUUGGAGGAGGUGGUGGUGGAUUGAAGAAGCAAAAAGGGGUAAUGAUAAUGUCAUCGGAUGAUGAAUUAGAAGAUAUUAAUAACAAUAACAUUAUUGUUCAUGAUAAUAUUGAUCAUGUUAUUAGUGAAGAAGGAGAACAAAAGGGUAACAUUAAUAAUAGUAGUGGAACAAUUUUGAGGAGUAAUAAUAAGAAGAUGAAGAGUAGUAAUAAGGUUAUGAUUAGUGAUCAUGUUGGUAGUAGUGGUAGUAGUAGUAGUGGUAUUGUUAAUAAUGUGAGAGAGAUAUUGGAGGAUUUUAUGAAGCAACAAAUGGCAAUGGAGACACAAUGGAGAGAAGCUUUUGAGGCAAGAGAAGAGGAAAGGAGAUUGAAGGAGUUGGAGUGGAGACAAACAAUGGAGGCUUUGGAGAAUGAGAGGUUGUUAAUGGAGAGAAGAUGGAGAGAGAGAGAGGAACAGAGAAGGAUUAGAGAAGAAGCUAGGGCUGACAAGAGAGAUGCUCUUAUCACUGCUCUUUUGAAUAAGCUUACACGAGAUCAUGAUCUUUAAUAUCAUGUCUAGUUACUAGUUACUACUACUACUACUCUCUCUUUCUAAUUGUUAUUAUUAACUCUUUGAUCAUUUUUGAUUAGAUAAUAUGGUUUUUAUAUAUUCGGAUUAUGAUGAUAAUGUAGGCCAAA